AUGGUGGGACUGUGUCAAACAAAUGUCUGGGAAAAAGAAGGCGUCAUCUAUACGCCUAUUAAUAUUAUCAAGGACGGCGUUGCUCUUUCUGGGACCAACCUUGCUAACGUAGUAAACGACCAUUUCCUGUCUAUCAAUGAUGAUCUUCCACCCCUCGAUCUUGGUUCCCUACCAGCUUACUUACCCGCUCCUCAGCCGGUUCCAAUAAUUACACCUAUUGAGGUCUGUUAUAAACUCCUCAAAGUCAAGACUUUUAAAUCGCAUGGCCUGGAUGGUAUUCCCAACCGCGUAAUUAAAGAAUUUGCAUAUGAACUAGCUGAACCAGUGCGCAUUAUCUUUAAUGAGUCCUUAUCUUCAUGCAUAGUCCCAUCUGAUUGGAAUGACCCUAGCAUAACUCCUAUCCCUAAAACUCAGUCUGUAUGUUGUGAGGACGAACUGCGUUCCAUCGCCCUUACCGCAUGCUUAUCCAAGAUCCUCGAAGACUUCGUCGUAAGAUGGAUGAUGGUUGAUAUCAGAAGCAAAAUAGACCCCAAGCAGUUUGGCAGUCUAAAUGGUUCACCUGCAAGUUUUUGUUUGAUUGCAUGAUAUGGUAAAUAAUUGGCUGCGUACCCUUGACGCCCCCUCGCACUAUCUUAGAGUAUGCUUUUUAGACUUCAGUAAGGCGUUUGACCGGAUAAAUCAUAUCACAACAUCCUCAUUGGAAAACUCAUAUUAUUUGGCGUUAGAAUAUGCAUUAUUCCAUGGAUCUGUGACUUUCUUUCUAAUCGUCGUCAACUAGAGUUAAAAUUGGUGGACUUCAGUCAGCAUGGGGAAGUGUUCACGGAGGUGUCCCACAAGGAACUAAGCUGGGACCGAUAUUAUUUCUUGUUAUGAUUAACGAUCUAGAACUAAAGUCUCCACAAACAAGUGCUAGUCACUGGAAAUAUGUUGACGAUCUUAGUCUUUCUGAAUCUCUAUCCAUACGUGACCAAUCGACAUUACAAUCUGACCUAGAUGAAAUACAACAAUGGGCAGAGCAGAAUGACAUGCGUUUGAAUGUUAAGAAAUGCAAAGAAAUGGUGAUCAGCUAUUUAAGACAAAGUCCAAACAUUGUCUCCCUGCAUAUCAACGGGAAUCCACUCAGUAUCGUAUCAUCAUUUAAAGUACUUGGUGUCACAUUUAACGACCAUCUGAAGUGGAAUGAUAAUGUGUUGACAUUAUCGUGA